AUGUGGAGUACGCUCCUAGGGGCUUUCAAUAUUAAGUACAUGCUUCGGACCUCUGUCAAGGGCCAAGUCUUCACUGAUUUAAUUGCCGAAUUUACUGAAACCCCAGUAGAAGUAGUAGCAGAGGAGGAAAACAUGGAUGAAAAAUCAGUUGGCACAAUCUCUGCACAAGGAGCCUCACGAUGGAAAGUCUACAUUGAUGGCGUGGCAAACCAAAGGGGAUCUUGGGUAGGGCUGGUUCUAAUAUCGCCCGAGAAGAUUACCAUUAAAAAAUCAUUAAGACUUGGGUUCUCAGCUACAAACAACGAAGCCGAGUAUGAGGCUUUGCUACAAGGAAUGGUCAUGGUGCAAAAAAUGGGCGGGAAGGCGAUAGAAGCAUUCUCUAACUCCAAACUGGUCGUAGGCCAGGUAAGGGGCGAGUUAGAGGCUAGGGAUGUGAGAAAGCAAAAAUACCUUGGUCAAGUCAAACGCUUGCAAUUAGACUUUGAAUUUUUCAACUCGAUACAUGUCUCUAGAAGCGGGAACACACAUGUGGAUUCAUUGGCCACUCUUGCCACGUCCUCGGCGCAGGAUCUACCACGAAUUAUCCUUGUCAAGGAUUUAUGCAAGACAGAUGCAAUCAAAAAGGAUAUAGCUCGAAUCCAUCAGGUCAGAGUGAGUCCGAGCUGGAUGAAUCCCAUAGUGAGUUUUCUCAAAGAUGAUGUAUUGCCUAAAGAGAAAUUGGAAGCCGAGAGGGUACGAAGGAAGGCUCCUUGGUUCUGGUUGUCAGAGGACCACAAGCUAUACAAGUGCUCCUAUUCUGGGCCAUAUUUAUUAUGCGUACACCUAAAAGCAUCAGAGAUAUUGCUCGAAGAACUGCAUAAAGGAAUUUGGGAGAGCCACACGGGAGGAAGAUCGCUAGCACACAGAGCCCUCACUCAAGGGUACUGGUGGCCGGACAUACAGAAAGAAGCCCAAGAAUAUGUAAAGAAAUGCGACCAAUGCCAAAGAUUUGCCCCAAAUAUCCACCAAUCGGGAGGAGUCCUUAACCCCGUUUCCAGUCCUUGGCCGUUCGCUCAAUGGGGUCUAGAUAUUGUCGGCCCUUUCCCGAAAGCAGCAGGGAACAAGCGAUACUUGAUGGUCGGCACAGAUUACUUCACCAAAUGGGUUGAAGUUGAGCUUUAG